UAUCUCCAUGGUAACCCGCGCGCAGCCCGGGCCGUUCCGCCGGGCGGGAAGCGCGGGAGCUGAGGCGCUGGCGACAGGCGGGGCUGCGAGCGCCGGGGGGCCGGGGCGGCCGGGGCCGCUGCAGGACGAGACCCUGGGCGUGGCGUCUGUGCCUUCUCAGUGGAGGGGCGUCCAGGGCAUCCGCCGGGAGACGAAAAGUUGCCAGACGGCGAGCAUUGCCACUGCUGAAGCGUCUGUCCAGACCCGGAAGCAUGCGGAUGCUGAGGUGCAGACCGAGGUCCCUGCACCGGUCAGCGCUCGGUCUGUGGCCCAGCACGACAGCCCCGGGCUGGCAGCCUUUCUUCGGAGGGUGGAGGCCAUGGUUAUCCGAGAGCUGAAUAAGAACUGGCAGAGCCACGCUUUUGACGGCUUCGAGGUGAACUGGACGGAGCAGCAGCCAACGGUCACGUGUCUGCACACCCUGGGCUACCCCCCAGCCCAGGGGCAGGGUCUGCAUGUGACCAGUGUCUCCUGGAACAGCACCGGCUCCGUGGUGGCCUGUGCCUAUGGCCGGUUGGACGACGGGGACUGGAGCACACUGAAGUCCUUCGUGUGUACCUGGAACCUGGACAGGCGAGGCCUGAACCCCCAGCAGCCGUCAGCAGUGGUGGAGGUGCCCAGCGCCGUCAUGUGCCUGGCCUUCCACCCCACGCAGCCGUCCCAUGUCGCAGGCGGGUUGUACAGUGGUGAGGUGCUGGUGUGGGACGUGAGCCAUCCCGAGGACCCGCUGCUGUGGCGCACGGGCCUGACGGACGACACGCACACCGACCCUGUGUACCAGGUGCUUUGGCUACCUGAGCCCCGGCACAGCCACCGCUUCCAGGUGCUGAGUGUGGCCACGGACGGGAAAGUGCUGCUCUGGCAGGGGGGCGGGGUGGGCCAGCUGCAGCUCACGGAGGGCUUCGCCCUGGUCGUGCAGCAGCUCCCGAGGAACACCAAGCUAAAGAAGCCUCCCCGGGGGGAGACCGAGGUGGGUGCUACGGCGGUGGCUUUCUCCGGCUUUGACCCCAGCCUUUUUGUUCUGGGCACGGAAGGUGGCUUCCCGCUCAAGUGUUCCCUGGCAGCAGAAGAGGCCGCCCUCACGCGGAUGCCUAGCUCUGUGCCCUUGCGGGCCCCAGCACGGUUCACCUUCUCUCCCCAUGGUGGUCCCAUCUACUCUGUGAGCUGUUCCCCCUUCCACAGGAAUCUCUUCCUGAGUGCGGGGACCGACGGCCACAUCCACCUGUACUCCAUGUUGCAGGCCCAGCCCCUGGCCUCCCUGCAGCUGUCCCACAAGUACCUGUUUGCCGUGCGCUGGUCCCCAGUGCGCCCCUUGGUGUUUGCGGCUGCUUCUGGGGAAGGUGAUGUGCAGCUGUUUGAUCUACAGAAAAGCUCCCAGAAACCCACAGUUUCAAUCAGGCAAACCCAGGAUGAUAGCCCGGUCUACUGUCUUGAGUUUAAUUGCCAGCAGACUCAGCUCCUGGCUGCCGGUGACGCCAAGGGCACUGUAAAGGUGUGGCAGCUGAGCACCGAGUUCACCGAACAAGGACCCCGGGAGACAGAGGACCUGGAGCAGCUGGCAGCAGAGGUGGCCACCUGAGGACAACCGGGGUGGGGGUGGGGGUGGGGGGUUGGGGGCAGGAGCAAGCUGCACCUGAGCUGAGCUCUGGAGUUCCAACAGAGGCCGAAUGAAGACAACACGAGCUUCUGGGGGAGUCAAGUCAUUUAUUUGUCUUUCACAUGAAAACAAAAGGGAGGGGAGAGAACAAGAGGGGAUCUGGCCCGCCGCCAAGAUUGCCGAGUCGGAAUGGGGCAGCGGGCUUCGCGAAGGGAAUCUGGGUCCCCACGGCAACGGGGCAAGUGCGAUUUGACCGGAAGCGGUUUAUCGAAGCACCAUUUUCUACUAAGUCUUCUCCCAGGCUAAGCGGACUUAAGCUCACAUUGGAAAGUAACACUGGAAUAUUUUAAGAGCACA